ACUGUCACACUUGCUGCAUCAAUUAUUCUUGAUACUCUCUUCGGAAGCUGGGAAGCUGGCGCCAUGGUUUCAUUGGGGGUGCCCACAGCACGCUUUGGCGCACCGCCUGACCCCGAGAAGCCCGAGCCGCACUACCCGGGCGUCUCCGCGCUGAAGUUCGACGCGCUGAGUGCGCUGAAGGUCUAUCGCGAGUGUGUGAAGCGGGGCGAGGAAAUCCGUGCCAACCAGCUGUAUCUGCAAGCUGAUCGUGAAUGGCCCGUACGCCACAGGCGACGGGUGCAGGACCUUUUGCCCGGCUUGGCCUCGGUCGCGGAGACCUAUGAGCACCUGGGCUACACGCCUGAUCCCAUCACUCGGCGGAUGGUGCUGCCCACUGCCGAGCCACCGCCCAUGUUGAGCAGCUCUCGGGAUGCUUCAGGUCGAAGCAGCCAUCACUCCAGCCGCGGGCACAGCGAAAAGCUGCAGCGAAUGGGCACUGAGAGGGGAUCCGUGCAGGUCGCCAUGUCCUGAGCCCUACAGUCGAUGUAUGUCGAUGUGAGACUGUAGUAUCGACUGUUGAAGCAACCCACGAUCUUUCGAUCAACUCAACUGAGAUCAGGAUUCUCCGAAACCCCAGAAGGGAGUGGUCUUGCGGAGUUCGUCGUUGCCCGCCUUCCGUUCCCACUUUGAUGCACCUCGGGGCGGUGUUUGCUCUUGGACUUCGGAGCAACGGGAAAGUUUGCUCCGAGAGCGGGACAUGAUCAAGAAGAGUUGUGGCACUCAAAACCGCGUUUUCACCUUUGUUUGACAUGGGUGCCCCAGCCUCAUCAACAGCUUGCUUAGAAAUCCAGAC